AUGCUGAAACAAAUUCGAAGGCUCGAAGCAUGUUCGAUAAAUGGUUCCUUGUUAAUUUUGGGUCGUGUGAUCCGUGAAUUAGCAGAUCCGGGCUAUAAAAAGGGUACGUACGUCCCGUACCGUGACUCUGGUCUAACAUAUUUGCUGAAAGAUUCACUCGGUGGCAAUGCUCGAACUGCAUUCAUCGUCACUGUCCAUCCGAACAAGAGAUUCGUUGAAGAGACAAUUUCGUCACUUCGUUUCGCACAGGAUGUCAAGAAGGUGAAGAAUGAAGCGGCCGUUAACGAAGACCUAUCCGGCGAGAAUGUGGACGCACUCAAGGCUGAAAUUAUCCGACUCAAAGACCAAUUAAGACAUCAGCCUGAGGUCAACGAAGAGGAUAUCGCUCGUCUAAAGGAUGAAAUAUCGUUGUGGGAAAAUAAAGCAAAAAGUUGGGAAGAAGUGGCACAUGAAAAAGAUACUGAAUUAAACCAAUGUAAAGGGCAGCUAAGUAUGCGUGAUUUCUCGAUACGCAUUUUCCACGAAAGCAGCGCUUCACAAGAAACGAAAGAUGCGAUUAAAAGAUGGCAGGCGGAAUUUGACGAAAUUGUCAAGGACUACAGAAAGGAGGAUUUGCGCUCUGAUUUGGAUGUUUAUCAAUGGAAAGAGAGGGCAUUGAAAGCGGAAGAGGAGAGUCAGAGAUUGCAGCAAAAGGUAGAGCGUUUGGAGGAAGAGAUUGAGCGCUACAAACGAGGGAACUCGCAGAUACGUAACCAGUUUGACGACGUUGAACGACGUCUGAGCAUAUUGACAUCACCUCCUGGAUCGCCAAUUGCCGUCACCAAAUUGGAUCGGAAGUCGAUGGCGCGUGCACGUCGUCAACGUCGUAUGACCAGGUUUACGCUCACUCCAAUCAGAUCUGUUCAGCGACCUCUCGUGGAUGUUUCGCCCGAUGAUUUGUCUAUCCGAGAUGACCUUUUCGAGCCGUCCGAAGAUGUCGAAAAUCAGUCUGUUAUCGAGGAUUUGACCGAUCAGUUACGUUCUGAGCAAACAGCUAACUUGAAGGCUGAUAUCUAUGCAAAUCAGCUCGAACAACAGCUGCAUGAUCGUGAUGAAAUAAUCAGACGGUAUGAAAGGGAAGAAAAUGAAAAGUUGAUUGCAUUCUCGACAAGAAUCGAGUCGUUGGAAGCUGAGAAGAGCACACUAACAACUGAGGUUGCACAUCUGCGAGAGCGAAUUGCGAAGCUUCAGCCGGAGAAUGAUCAGAUAUGCAGUGAAUUGAUCAAGAUNAAAGAGCGUAACGACGAAUUGGUGGACGAAAGAGACAAACUUUUAGCAAAGGAACGUGGAUUGAACAUGGAACUGAAACAUAAAAUCCGUGCCGUGUAUGAACGCGAUGAGCGUAUUCGGGAACUAACCAUUCAUCUCGAAGCUUCUGCGGCGUGCAAGGACGAUCUUGACAGAAAGAACGCAGAGUUAGAAGAAGGGAAAGUUGACAUCACACUGGAACUCGACGCUCUCAGACUUGAGAAACAACAGAUAAUGGUGACCUUUCAGCACGUUCUAUCUGAAUUGAAUUAUAAUGAUGCUGCCAAAACUCAGCAAGCUCUGAUCGAAUGCAGGAAACAGUUGUCUGAUUCGAAGGAACAGUGCAAAUUGUUGGAUGAAGAGUUGAAGCGAUCUACUGCGGCCAUUUUCGACAACGCUGAAGCUAUUCAACGAAAAGAUAACAAAAUUGAUGAGCUGGAAACACAGAUCUCAAGGCUAAGCGCGGAAAGGGACGAAGAAAGGAAGAUCACCGAGCGUCUCAUUGAAGAAGCAAACAAGAAAGUGGAAAAAGCAGAAAGGGAAUUCGCGGCGCUUUCAGAAGCAUUGAUGAACGUUGAUAUGGAUAUCGCACCAAGUAAGCGCAGACGCUCGACAUUUGGUGAUGCAAUUGGACGAUUGAACUGCAUUGGAGAUGGUAUCCACGUAAUGAAGGAACAGUUGGAGACUUUGGCCGAGGAACGUGACAAGCUUGUUGCGUAUAAGGAGACUGCCAGUCAGGAAAUAGUCAAGUUAAAGGAGGAGAAUGAAUCGCUUGCGCGGGAUGUGGACGCAGUGAUGAGAGACCCAAAAACAAAGCAUAAAAUCAAUGUUUUGUCGCGUUAUCGACAAAGGUGGUCGGAAUUGGAAGAUGAAAAACACAGACUUUUGGAGGAGAACGCAACCCUGCGUAGUAUGCUCCUCGGUGCUUCGAAUGCGUCGGCUUCAACAAGUUGUUCUGCUGCAAAAAACAACAAUAACUCAAGUCAGUGCGACAAGGAAGUACCAUGUGAAAAGGCAGCGACUAAUAGGAGAAGAAAGGACGAUGAGCAGAAAGAAAACGCUGAACCAAGGCAGCGAAGACGAAGGGUCGCCAAAACCAAAAACUAG